AUGGCAUUCCCCCGCCAGUCCGCUGAGGAAGAUUGGGAGCGCAUCAAUGCUAAGUCAUGGGAGUUGCCCAAUUACGGCCCCAGUCCAGGUUUUGACCCAGGCAAGAGAUACACCCGUCGCCAAGCGGACGAGUAUCCAGAGAGCAGAGUUCUUGAUUUUGAUGAUGACUAUGUCCCCGAAGAAAUAAAUCAUAUUCGUUCCGCUUCAAGUCCGAUCAAGGAUACAACUAGCCGUUCCACCUCGAGUGGACGUCCUUUACCGACAUCAUCGCGAACUACGAGCACUGAUACUUCCAAUACGCACGGGAAAUCACGUUCACGGUCACAAAAUGGCAGAAAGCCCCCAAGUUCUUCGCUGCCCGCGAGUCGCGCUCGGCCCAUCAUCUUGAAGCAGAAUGACCUUCCUUCGAAGGCAAAGUGGCGCAAUGGCUCUCGUCCGGAUGGCAAGUGUGUUCACCAUGUCCAUGAUUCCGCCGCUAACAACUUUCUAGCUUGCUUCCGUUUGCCAUAUGAGUGUCGAAUCUUCCAGAACAAAAUAAGAGGGCAGACACAGGCAGAUGCUUCGAGCAUCGACUUUCGCCAGACGAUCAUCGAAGAUACAGGCGCCUAUGUGAGGAUGAGCGAUGGAGAUCCAAAGGCCAGUCCCCAACACAACCUCCCGCUAUCUGAAAGAUGUACCAUACUAACCACCCUAAAGGUCGUUGAAAUCUGGGGCCAAGACACUGAGGUCUCAGCAGCCCGAAGACAGCUCCAGGAGAUGGUGGCCAAUAUGAUACAACUGCGAAAUUCAUUUGGCGUACCGCGAUGGGACAAAAUCCGCGCGCAUUCACUUGCUAAGGAUGCCAAUGCCCAAUCGCGCGAAUACUAUGAGACAAGAUUGUCCAGCCUGCGAAAACCACCAAAGAUUUCCACUUUCUACACCCUUGCUUUCCUGUGGCCAUCCGAUGGCCCAUCCGUGGACUACAGUCUUUCUGCCCGACGCGAACUCGUCGAUGGCAUCCGUUUGAAAUAUACUGUUAACAUAUACAUCAAGUCUGGUGUCUCAGACUACAUCUACGUGUCUGGAAACAGCCAGCGGGAUAUGAUCGCCAUUGCAUCCCAAUUCCGAGAGCUGUGCCGCAGUCUAAUGGUCCAAAGUGAGACGGAAUACAGGCUUUUGCUUGUCGGUCCACCCCCAGUGGAGCUCAUGAGAACCCAUAUCAUCCUUCAAAAGUCCGGUCAGUUCUCCAGGGCUGUUCUAUGUGGACCAGAGCUAGCCCCUGAGGUAGCCGCGAACUGGAGAAAUACUGCCAAUGCACUCAAGGUCAGUAACAAGGACGCUGUGACCAGCCGCCUUAGGCACGCGCUGCGAGUUAUUCCGCAAUUCCAAGGGUUCUUGCAAAUGCGAGCGAAAUUCGGUUCGUUUGCUCUGCAACAAUGGCGCAAGCCAGAUGACGGCACAUCUUUUCGGUUCUCGGAGUUUCGUGAGGUGAUUUCACUCAUGAACACCGAAGGGCGUUUGCUUCCGGGGAUCCGAGUACAGCAAGAAAAGAUGUUCAGCCGAAUCAUUAGAUCCGACAUCCUUAGGCCUUACGGCCAAGCCAAAAUCGGAUCUCUAUUGAGGUUGAUACCUACUUAUUCUGCCAACUUUGAAUAUAAGGCGAGCCGUGAUACAAUGAUUCGCGUGGAAGCGAAAUUCUCACUCCCCCUGGGCUCGCAGGAAUUUGAAGUCAACGGAAUUCGGUGUUUCAAGCCGCAAGAAAUCGAUGCCCGAAUUGAUUGCCAAAUGCCAAUGCAAAUCAGCAUGAUAGACUUUGAGAGGUCCGACUGGCAAUUUGAGAUUAAAGCACUUCAACUCUGCGGCGAGAGUGACGUCUCCCCGGAACUAGAAAGAUUCAAGCGUUCCAUCGCCUUCCAAUGGAACUCGAGUGCAAAGAGCCUUGGGUCUGCUCCUCAGCGCAAGUCAAAGUUCGCCCAUGGUUCAAAAGUCACGCGCUUCGUUGAAAAAGCCGCGGUUCAGCUACAGGUCAAAGACACGCCCUAUGUAUUCGAGAUUUCCCGCUUCGACGAAUACAAAUAUGCGGCUGGUCACUGGUCAACAACCCCGAAUGUAUUCUGGGGUGCGUCCCUAUUCGAUCCAGCUUGGGACGACCUACUAGGUGAACAGGCUGAGUCCGACGUUCACAAAAUUUCCAAGGAUGGAAGCCUAAAUCUCUUCUUUCCCUCGCCGGAGGACGACAAUAAACAGAAGGGAAAGGAGCAAACGGAUGAGGCUCAGGAAAGGGCUGGGACUACAGAGCAAGAUGAUAAACAGUUGAGAAAAUUCAUGAGCACCGUUCAGCAGAUUGCGCGGAUGCUGGGGGACCCAGGUGCUGAUAUGCCCGCCAUGCUUGACUGUGACCUAGGGACUUUAUUCUAG